AUGAGUUCAGAAUACAAUCCAGCGCCUUUUGCAUCACCAGAUGCGGAAGAUGACCCGGAUCUGGCCUUGGCCAUUGCAUUAUCUUUGCAACAAGAAGACACCACACGUCACAAUCGAUCAGAGGCGUCAAAUGCGACAGCGAGCCCUUUGAAGCAGUCCAUCAAGUCUACCACUGGUGUUACGUUUGGGUGCCUUGCUCUUGACAGGAAAAGAAUGGAAGAGGAACGUCUCGCAAGACUGGGAAAACGAUCAGCCACGCGAGCUGACCUUGACGAGAACAUUAAGAUGUCAAAAUCUCAACGGACUGAUGCCGCUGACAGCCAAGAGUUAAGAGACGCUGUCCCUGUUCUGAAGGUACAGGAGCAAGCAGCCAAUGCCCUCGAUCUACCUUUCGCCAAGGGAGUCUUCAGGAGAACCUGGACACGAGGAUACCCGAGAAGGGGCGAUGAUAUCAAGAUCGAAGAAGUGUUGCAAAAAGAGCAGCUGCAGCUCGCCGUUCUUUCCUCAUUUCAAUGGGAUGAGGAGUGGCUACUAUCGAAGAUCGACUGUCGGCGCACCAAGAUGGUGCUGGUUGCGUAUGCAGCAAACGACGCAGAGAAAGCAGUGAUUAGGUCAAACGCCCCUGCUGGGCUCAUCAGAUUCUGCUUCCCGCCCAUGCACGGCGGGUAUAUGCAUUCUAAGUUGCAGAUCCUAAAGUAUGAAGGCUAUCUCCGACUUGUGGUUCCUUCCGGCAAUCUGGUUCCCUACGAUUGGGGAGAAACGGGUGUUCUAGAAAACAUGGUGUUUCUCAUCGACCUGCCUCGCUUCGAGACGCAGCAGACUACAGCCAGUACGGAGACACUGUUUGGAAAGGAACUACGGCGCUUCCUAACAGCUCUUGGUAUUGGUGAGAAACUGGUCAAGAGCCUUGACAAUUACGACUUUUCCGAAACGAGUCGCUACGGAUUUGUCCAUACAAUUUCCGGGAGCCAUGCGAAUGACUCUUGGCAGCACACAGGCUACUGUGGACUCGGAAACACUGUUCGUAGUCUGGGGUUAGCAACCGACUAUCCCGUCGACGUCGACUACGUGGCUUCUUCGCUGGGAUCUUUGAACCAUGGUUAUUUGACAGCUAUUUACAAUGCUUGUCAAGGUGAUUCGGGCAUGAAGGAAUACGAAGCAAGACAGUCCAAAUCGACCAGAAGCAAGGCCGGAAGGUCAGGUCCUUCCGGUUCUAGAACAAUUACCACCGAAGCGGUCGAUUUGCAGCAUCAUUUCCGUAUUUAUUUUCCGACCGAAAAGACCGUUUCGAGCAGCCGAGGCGGUAGAUCUGCUGCCGGCACUAUUUGCAUGCAAGAGAAGUGGUGGAAGUCUUCCACCUUUCCGCGAGAAUUACUGCGAGAUUGCGAAAGUACCCGAACAGGUCUGCUGUUGCAUAGCAAGGCCAUUUUUGUGCGAGAACGAGCGUGCAACGGUGCGGUCUGGGCAUACAUGGGGAGCGCAAACUUGUCAGAGAGUGCAUGGCGGCACCAACGUCGCAGUAGUAAGAAGGCCGGGGAGGGAGGGGCCAGAGGAACCAUAUGCCGUCUAAGCAGGACGGGCCGGUUAGUGAAGGACCGGGAGUCGGGAACGGCCAAGCUCUCCUGUCGCAACUGGGAGUGCGGCGUGUUGGUCGUAGUGGGCAGGACGGCGGGCUGCGCGGAUUCUGGGACGCGGCGGGGAGCCGACCAAGGUGCCCAGACGCUGAAGCGGGCGCGGGCGCAGACUCACAUGGGUCGCGGCGGAAAUGAGGGCGAUGAGGAAAACCCGCAGCACCAGCACUGGCGGCAGCGACACCAAGGCGAGUCACCAGGCUUCGAUGAAGUGUUUGGAACGACGAUGCCCAUUCCGAUGAAGGUGCCGGCGGGGCUCUACAUGUCAGAUGAAUCGGCAGCCAGCCGGCCUUGGUUUUUCAUGAAGGCCGAUUGA